CCACCACAGGCGGUCAUGGCCUCCUCCCCGGCCUUCCACCUCCGCCACCCCCCUCGCCUCCGCCUCCUCCUCCUCUCCUCCAAGCCGCUCUCCACCUCCUCCCCCUUACCAUGGCUCGCCGCCUGGUCCCACCCCCGCCAACGCCGCCGCCUCCGCGCGCUCGACCUCCGCCCGGAGCCCUCCCCCUCCUCCGACUCCGACGACGAGGAAUCCGUCGGCACCAGCCGCUCCACGGGCCACUCCACCAUGUCCCUCAUCCUCCACCGCCUCCAGCGCGCGGGCUACUCCGUGGAGGAGCCCCAGGCCGCUCCCCCGCACCCGCCGCGGGGCUCCGUGGAGGACGUGUUCCGCGCGGACGACGGCGUGCUGCCCAACGUGCGCGGGGGGUUCGACGACGACGCGGGUCAGACGCUCGGGGACGCGCGGUUCCCGUGGGAGCGCCCGAUGCCGCCUCCGGAGGCGGCGCCGCGGGCGGCGCGGUCGCCGACUUGGAUGGCGGAGCUGACGCUGCCCGCCGCGGAGCUCAGGAGGCUCCGGCAUGCGGCCAUGAGGGUCAAGUCGAGGAUCAAGGUGGGGGGCGCCGGGGUCACGCGGGAGGUCGUGGAGAAGAUCAGGGAGAAGUGGAGGACGGAGGAGGUGGUCAGGGUCAAGGUCUCCGGCACGCCCGCGCUCAACAUGCGCCUCUUCCACGAGAUACUCGAGAGAAAAACAGGAGGUUUGGUAAUAUGGAGGUCAGGGACUUCUGUUUCUCUAUACAAGGGAGUAGAUUAUGAUGAACCUGAACCCACUAAGGGGAUAAACAAGAAUUCACAGGCUCUUGGUAUGAAGUCCUCAAUUAAAGGGUCUCUUAGUCCUUCCUUGCUACCUACUGAGAAAGCGAACAGCACACAAGAUAGCAAUGGAGCUUUAGUUUCGAAUACUGGGAAAGAUGAAAUAGUUGAACAAGCACCAGAAAUCAAAUAUGAAGAUGAAAUUGACAAGCUAUUGGAUGAACUUGGCCCAAGAUACAGUGACUGGCCUGGAGCUAAUCCACUACCAGUAGAUGCAGAUUUGCUUCCUGCAACUGUACCAGAUUACAAACCCCCUUUCAGAGUUCUGCCAUAUGGCGUUCGGCCAUCUCUUAGCCGAAGGGAUACUACCAAUUUACGCCGUCUUGCUCGGGGACUGCCUCCUCAUUUCGCUCUUGGACGAAGCAGACAACUCCAAGGUUUAGCAAAUGCUAUGGUCAAGUUGUGGGAGAAAAGUUCUAUUGCUAAAGUUGCUUUGAAGAGAGGAGUACAGCUUACUACCAGUGAGAGGAUGGCUGAAGAUAUCAAAAAAUUAACAGGUGGUGUAAUGCUUUCAAGGAACAAUGACUUUAUAGUCUUCUAUAGAGGGAAGGAUUUCUUGUCCUCAGAACUUGCAGAGGUGCUGCUAGAGAGAGAAAGAUUAGCAAUGUCCCUACAAGACGAAGAGCAAGCGCGCCUAAAUUCAGCGUCUUCUUUUUCUUCAAACAGUGAGGCAUAUGUACAGUCCACUGUAGCUGGUACUCUUGGAGAGACUCUUGAGGCUAACUCUAAAUAUGGAAAUAAACUGGAUGAGAAUCAUGUGGAGAAGAUGACAAGAACUGUAGAAGCUGCAAGGCAUGCUGACCUUGUAAGAAAGCUAGAGUGGAAGCUCUCACUUGCACAGAAAAAGAUGGAGAAAGCUGAAAGGGUGCUAGGAAAAGUUGAGACAGCCCUGAAGCCAACUGAAGAUACCAAGCCACCUGAAACAAUAACAGAUGAAGAGAGGUUCAUGUUUCGGAAACUUGGUCUAAGGAUGAAGGCGUUUCUGCUGCUUGGUAGAAGAGGAGUUUUUGAUGGCACAAUUGAAAAUAUGCACUUGCACUGGAAAUACAGGGAACUGGUGAAGAUUCUGGUGAAAGCAAAGUCUUUUGCAGACGUCAAGAGGAUAGCAUUGUCACUUGAAGCUGAAAGUGGCGGUAUUUUAGUUUCUGUGGACAAAGUCUCCAAAGGUUAUGCCAUUGUUGUGUUUCGUGGGAAGAACUACAGGCGUCCGUCUACACUCAGACCAAAAAAUCUCUUAUCAAAGCGGAAGGCUCUAGCUAGAUCCAUUGAACUCCAGAGACAUCAGGCCCUCAGUCGUCAUGUUGCAAAGUUAAACAAAAAAGCGGAACAGCUUAAAGCAGAACUGGUUCAGAUGGAAGCCGUGAAAGACCAAGGAGACGAGGAGUUGUACGCCAAACUAGAUUCUGCGUAUUCGAGUGACGAGGAAGACGUGGAGGAUGAGGACGAUGAGGCCUACCUCAAGAGGUUUGACAAUGUGGUUGCUGGUGGCACCGCUGAGGAUGGAACCUCCCUUGAUGGCAGCAACUCCUUGUAUGAUGAGGAUGGUGAUUACUCUGAAGAAGAUGAUGCUAACGAUUACGCUGAAGAGGACGAUGGCAGCGACGGCGAUGAAGAUGAGGCGAGAACCAGAACUUCCGACGCUGAUUUCCACGGCGAAAUAGAUCUAGAUCUUUCUGGUAGAGAAAAUUACAAGUUAGAAGACAGUGACCCGGACGGAAAUGGAAGUGGAAAGUGUAACGAGGCAAGUGACAAUAGAAGCUCGUACAGUGAGCUGCCAUCUGAACUCUUGUAGCUAGAAGCUCUGUAGUCUGUACCGUACAGCGAGUAACAAAUGAUGAGAGCACCAAUCGUUUGAUCU